AUGCAAAGAACAUCAUCGAAUCUUUCAAUAUUAAAUGUUUGGUUUAAUUUAGAAAAGGCUUUGAUUGAUGCAUAAGUAUUUGAAAAUGAACAGGUUUAAAUAAUUUCAAGGCCACCUACAUCAAAGAUGAUGAGAGAUUAUUCAAAUUAUCACUCAGUAUGAGAAUGGUUUGAACUUUAGCAACAAAGAACUUAAUCUUUAAGACCUUUGACUGGAUUGAAAAGACCUUCAACUGCAAUUACAAUGAAGAAACAUAUUGAAUAUUAAGAUAAAACAGCAACAAUUUAAUAAUCUUAAAGAAAGAUUUUUAGAAAAAAAGUAUAUCAAAAGACCUUAUAAAAAAUAUGGUUUUGA